AUGGGUCAUUUUGUGGGUCACAUCGCCGCCACAUCCGUCAACAUCCGUCCAAGGACCCGCUACCUCCUGCCUCCCACCACCAUGCUAGUCUGUGGGACCUCGACCCGUGUAGUAGUGUUCGUGGUGGCUGCCGUUUCGGCACUAGCGCCUCGGAAGCUUCAUCAGGCGGGAGCUUUCUGCUCCUCGUUUGCACCCUGGACGAGACUGAGACCACGAUCAACGACUUGGAGCUGUUCCGUGCUUCGGUCGAGCAAUGGGCCAGGGGGAGAAGAAGACGGCGCCGAUUCGACGGAUUCGGGGGCAGCCGAAGACCCGGAUAACUUGCUGGGGGGGCAAGCCCUACAGGCGUUGGAGUUCUGGAAGAACAGAACGCCUAGCCCGGCGUUGCCGCCGACCCAAGUAAUCGGCCUGCUCAUGGCCGCUCUCCAGAGGAACGACGAUCCCGCGGAGAACGAAGGGCUGAGGACAGUGUUCGAAUUUUCGUCGGGGAUGUGCCGCAGGGCUGUCGGGGGCACCGCGGAGAGCUUCAUCAAAGAAGCACGGUACUCGGUCUUUGGGGCAACCGUAGGCUGUCAGUCCUUCACGUUGGAGCCGAUGAGCAUGGUGGGCGACCGCCUUGCAACGCAGGUGCGGACUACCUACAGUUGCCCCCCAUGA